GAUUCAUGUCAUGCAAGGUUGAGCAAACCUUAAUAAUUCUGCAUUUCAAAAUAUACCUGCCUCCUGCCAUGUGAUGUAAUGAUUUCUUCCCUUUAUUCUCUCCAAGUUUCGCAGAUCUUGAAACAUGGAUCCGAAUGAUUCACUAGACGAUGAUCUAUACCGGUUUUCUCCCGUUACAUUCAACGAUCAUGCGGGCAAGUUAUGGAUCGUAACGAUCUUGUCGCUGAUCUACACCUCGCUUAUUGCGCUGGCAAGGGCUUAUAUCAAGUACAAGAUGUUUGGGUUCGAUGACGUUUUGUUUGCUGCUGCGACGGUUUUGCAUUUGGCUCAGGCUCUUGCUGUGUUUAUUGGGUUGAGUAAUGGGUUGGGCAAGUUCAAUUCGAUCACACCGCCAGAACAAUGGGGGAUCUCUUCGAAAUGCACGAUUGCAUCCGUCAUUCUUUGCCUUCUAGCUCUUAGUCUCGCGAAGUGUUCCGUCCUCGCCCUUAUACAUCGCAUCAUCAGCUCCAAGCCCGGCAAGAACAAGAUGGUCUGCGUGAUGCUAAUGAUGUUCACUGGACUAUGGGGCGUCGGCUCAAGUUUGGCAUGGCUUGUGAACUGUCGCGCCGGGACAUUGUUGACUGUGAAUAACGUCAAACAAUGCCCAGAUCAGAGUGCGCGCUGGGGCGUCAUCACUGCAAUCGACAUCUUGACCGAAAUCCUAACCUGGCUCCUCGUUCUUCACCUCUCGUGGUCCGUCAACAUCUCCUUUGCCCGAAAAUGCCAAGUCGUCACAGCAUUCUCAUUCCGAAUCCCACUCAUCGCCAUUUCCUCCGUCCAUCUCGCGUACUCCCAAACAUACCCAUCAUCUCUUGAGCCUCAAUUCGCCGUUACAAACACCCUCAUCUGUCAACAAGUCAUGAUCGCCUGGUCUCUUAUCUCCGCGACGAUGCCCAACCUGAAGAAUUUUCUCAAGUCCUUCUCCAUAGGCAUGGGCUUCCCAGUCGCAUUUGACUUUACGAUGUCGGGUUCAAGCAAGGCUUAUGCACUGCAAUCACUACGGAAUAAUCGCUCUACGAAUGCGGCUUCGGCAACAGCGACAGCUCAUAGUGCGAAUUGGAGACCUGAUCAGGUGUCGAACCAAACUACCGCGGCCCAUAGAUCAAGCAGGAGUAAUAGUCGGGAUGUGUCGGAAGAGGGAUCAAGUUCAAGAGCUGGGAGUCAAGAGUUGAUCAUUAAUAAGGAGGUUGCGUGGAAUGUCACGUAUGAGGACCAUCAAGAUGUAUUUACAAAACGCUGAGGUAUCUCACGAACAUGCCGUUUUAAUUCAGACAAAAGUCCUCGGGGUUUUGAGUCAGUGAUGCCUUGAGACAUGCAGUGGGAGUGGAGCUUUACAUGCAAGUACAAGGGCUUCAUCCAUGUCAUGUCACGCCAGGUUCGCGGAACCCUUCCAGCGUCCAGGAUAUGAAAAAACUCACAGGAUCUGGGGACAAGGAUUGAAGCGGGCUAAUCGGAUCAUGUUGAAAACCCAGCCAACAGCAGUUCUAGACCGUUUCAGAUCAGUUCCCAAGAAAUACAAGACUCCUGGCUCUUGCAUUACGAAUUACUGCAAGCAUACUCCGUACACGAUCAUUUCUCAAC